GCCAUAUAAUUCAAACCAUAAUCAACUCCAGAAUAGUCACAAACUCGCAAUACUUUGUUUAGAGGCCAGAUGGACUAAGGGUUGUGGAGUGAUUCAUUGGGCUCAAUGGCUUCAAUUUCAAUUGGGCUAGAUCUAGAGCAAAACCCAUCAAACUCACCAAAAUCCAAGAUCCAGUAAGCCCAAAGUCUUACAGAAACCAGCCCAACAGGCGUCUCCUUUUUCCCACUCUCUUCUCGCCUCCAUUGCCACCUGUCUGUUUGCCUUCUGACCAAAGCGACAGCAAAAGGACACCCUGCCACUCUCACCACUCGCCACGUGUCAACUACCCAUCUCCCCAACCGCUAAAACGAUACCAGAGUGACCAAAACCGAAAAAUUCCUCCCUUUCCCACUUCUGCCAGUAAUCAUCCACCGCCUUACAGAGCAAAGCAAGCAACAAUGGCGAGUAAAGUUCAGCUAGGAGUUCUAAAGAAGAAGAAGAACAAACCCACAAACAGGAAAGAGACCGCAAAAUGGGUUCAGAAAGUCGCGAACUAUCUGAAAUCCGAUUCCUACUUGUUUGGUCCUUUGCUCGAUUCUCCUCUAUCGACGACGGCGACGGUGAUUGAUUCUUCAUCGUCGCCGAAAGUUAGCUUCCCAGAGGGAGUUGAGUACAUGGCGAGAGGAAGGAAGAACAAUAAUAAGGGACUUGGAAAGAAGGUCGUGCAGUAUCUGAAAUCCGAUUCUUACUUGUAUGGUCCCUUGCUAUCUUCAAGAUCAACAAUUCCAGGAUAUGUUCGGCGAAGCAAGAAGUUGACCAUGGAGAUGUUGAUGACAAAGAAAGUGACGAGGAAGGACAAGCAAUCCACUGUGGAGAAAUCAAAUGUAACAGUGGAGCAGGAGGAAGAGUUCUGUGAUGUUGUUGUUCUUCCUCCUACUACUCCUGACAGGAACCGUUCUUCGGGUCAGCAGCAACAGCGAUCAGCACGUCGUCGUCAGGAGGUGUCGAGCCACGUGGUCCCUCGAAGAAGCUUUCGUUCUUCCUCCUCAUCUGCCGUGUCAGUUGCACGAAAGAGUUUACCUAGCACGAGAAUGCGGACGCUUGUUGUUGACCACUAACGACGACAAUCGACCUGUGAGUAACAAAAGUCACGAGAUGUAGAGAAUGUGUGUUCAUGUGAUGAAGUUGAAGAACUUGUAGGGUUGUCUCACUUUUGUGUAAGUUUUUAUCACAUUUUAAUUUGUGUUUUGCGUGGUUUCUGUUAGAUGCUAGACGAGUGGACCGAUUGCCAAUUGGUUUGGGAUCAUUAACUUUCAACUAAGGAAUGAGCUUUGAGUUAUGUGCAAAGAGAUUAUAGGUAUCUUAUCAUGAAAAAAGGACUCGGAGGUUAUAUGACUAGGUCAGUUCUCCUGGUUUGUCUACUUCAUGAUACGUUAAUGGUCCAACUUUCUCACAUACAUAGUGAGGUUGAUUUUGUUGUUGAUGAUUUUGAAUUACCAUAGUGAAACUUUUUCUACAACUUGUGUUAAUCCUCUAAGAAUUGUUACUCAAAUGCAUUAAGAUGUGGCUUUACAUUCAUUUGUUAAAAAUUUGCUUAUGAUCAAGUAGGUUUGGGCGGUGGCAUUGAGAAUUGGAGAUAUGAUAUCCAAAACCAGGGUCGUUGUGUCCAAUAAUACAUGGACGGGAUAAGUGAAAACAAUUGAAGUUUGGUGUGAAGUUGACAAUCUCCUAGUGUCUGUUUUGGCAGUUUCUCAUGGAAGUCAAAGUGGGUUCCUGUUGGGAUAAUCCAUUUUCAUAUUUCUUAUUGGCAUUUCCAUUUGCAUGCUCAAGUCGGUUCAACAAUCAAUUAGCUAAUCAUGGGUGUGGUAUAGUUCUCUUGAAAACAAAUGAUAAGUCCUAGUCAUACUUUCACUCAUUGCUAUGGUCGAGUUGGAGCGGGUAUCUAAGUAUCUGUAUACGCUUCUUGACAAGUCGGGUGUUGAUAAGAUAUUUUAUGCAGGAGCAUGGGUAGUAAAUGUUGAUUCAUACUCGUAUAUACUCUAAACAAAAAUAGUCCAGAGUGGAACACAUCAGGUCGAAGGGAGUGCCCACUCUCGACCUGAAGAAAUCGGACAGCAAGGGUUAAUUCAUUAUCGAAAUCCUAUCCAUCGCCCAUUCUACCUCUCUCAUCUUAACUUCCAUCCGCUCUUUUAUGUGACUAGAUAUUGAUCCCAUUAAUGAGGGGUUCUAUGGUCGAAAUCAUGUAACUUUCGUGACACUCAUACUCAAAUUGAAGAUAUGAAGCAAACCGAGUAUAUGCAAGUUUCAAUCUCAUCACAAUGAGUUUCUGAAUGAGAGGACCGUGAAGAUCGAUUCUUGAACUUUUCUCAAUCGUGCCUUAUUCACAUGCACAAGCAUAUAUGAGAGAGAGAGAGAGAGAGAGAGAGAGAGAGAGAGAGAGAGAGAGAGAAGGGCAAUUAAGAGAGAGAAGGGCAAUUAAGAGAGAGACCUUAAUUUCUUCAUAUGGCAGCAUGUGCCUUGAACCCAUGGAAUGCAAUAUUUCUGCCCCCAUGUUCUUCUUCUUGCGAUGGGGGGGCCGCAAAAGCGACAGAAUUUCAAGGGUACAUGAUUGAAUUUGCAAGUAUCUCGCGCACUACUGCCGUCGGCCAACAUCAACAAACGAUAUAUUAUAUGCACAUAUUUUAGUAGCCAAGAGGAAGGGAGUCUUGUGCACAUGUUUGUGUGAGUUGAGAGGUCCACGUACGUACCAAAUUGGAGGGACAACCCACACGAUUGAAUCUUUGAUCAUUGUCCCCUCCCUUUCCUUCGGUUUAAGGCUCUAGAGAGAGAGAAAGAGAGAGUAAGUGAGCUAGAGAGAGAGAGAGUGCACAUGGCCACACCACCCACGUAUUCAUAUAUUACCCUUUUCUUAGGGCUUCAAUGGGUGCUUGAACGGCUACUCAAUCCUCACUAGUAAAGCUCUCAACUCGAAGCAUGUAGCGAAGUGCUAACUGGACAUGUGAUUCGUUGGAGAAUGAUGAGAUAAGGGCUUAUGGACUUAGCUGGCUCUCGUGGGUAUGUGUUUCUGAGGGGUUGGCUUAGUUGUAAUGAGCGUAGCAAAAAUUUACUGCUUUUAAACGUUGGGUUGUCGACGCACAGAGUCAGUUUUUGAACAGAAGUUGAUUGUUCUAGGCCGUUUAAGAAAAGGAAGAAUUGUUUUAUGGUGUAUAAAUCUCGUACUUGAAGUCUAUGGGUUUACAAUCGAUACACGAAUUUGUAAUUGUGUAUUAAUGAACAUGAAUCUGAAUUGUAAGUCCGAUCUAAUAUCAUGCUUUUGACUCAAACCUCUCAGCUCUGUAGGUAGACAAAUCUGAACUGGGUUGAAAGUAGAGGCGAGAUUGCGUGGAAUCAGAUCGUGUAAGUGGAUCCACUUGCACUUGCGCUUUUUCCAACAACUAAGAGUUAGUAGGGCUAAUUGGAUCUUAACAUAGUCUUAGAAUUAUUGGGGGAAAAAGAGCUUGUGUUUAGAUACUCUAAACAUUGAAUGUUAAGAACGAAAACUGUUAGGAUUGUGCCUACUUCAACUUGAUGGGUUGAUUUUUGUAUGAGGAGCCUUGUAAAAGAGUGGUAUAAAACUCAUUCAUGAGGAAUCAUGAAAUUUAGGGGUGGCAGUUCGUUUAUUUCGGUUAUAAUCGGUAACCGAUCGGCCGGUUAUCGAUUAACCGAAAUAACCACCUUCUCUUCCGAAAAUCGACCGAAAUAGGCUUCGGUUUCUUGAUUAUAUCGGUUAUCGAUUAACCGAACCACUUUUAAGACCAAAAACCAUUUUUUCCAGCCUCCGAAAACAGACCGAUGUUCGGUUACUUCAGUUUACCGGUUAGCGAAUAACCGGUCGGUUAUUGGUUGAACCGGCCGGUUAAUCGGUAACCAACGGCCACCCCUAAUGAAAUUCAUAGGAAUUAGAGAAUUAAUUAUCUUUGUUUAGUAGCUAGUGAGUUUUUUUUUUUUAACAAGGAUGAACCUUUUUAUUAGAUAGUUGAUUAAUGAUCUUUGUUAGUUUGUUUAGUAGCUAGUAAGUUAACUAUAAUAUCAUUGCACAAGUCAUUGACGAGUGGACUUUGUUGGACGAUCCAAGAAAAAAUAUGGGAAGAAGAAACCGUACAUUUUGAGAGAGAGAGAGAGAGAGAGAGAGAGAGUAAAAAGGGGAGCAAUAGCCACGAGCCACCAAUAACAUGAAAUAAAUCCAUCCAUGAUUCAAGGAGGCGCAGUGGGGAGAGAAAGGAAUUCUAUAUAUGAAUAUCAUAUUCCAUUUCCAGCACAUCUCCUCGUGGAGUCGAAGCUGUAAAGUUUGUUGAUUUGAUCCAACGAACCUUCCAAAAAACGUAAAAAUAAGAGGAAGAAGCAAAGGAAUUACGUUUUGGCCAUGAUAGGGGUUUAGGCCUUAUUAUUGAAACUUUGCGUGAUCAUUGAAUAAACUCUUUAACGGUUAGGUUACUAUCUGUCUCUACGGAAAAGGGUGUAGGUCAUAUUGAUCGAAACCCAAUUUUGCAUCACGCAAUAUGUAUGAUACACGACUGGAACAAUUCAUGUUAGCAUAAAAAGAAGGGAACAUAUCUGUAAUCUCUCGUCAACUCAAACAUACGAAUGAUUCAUGUGUGUGUGUGUGUGGGGGGGGGGGGGGGGGGGGGGGGGGGCUUCAUCGACCGUGAUGUCUAUAAUUUGUGGACUAAUGAACUCAAAUUCGAACCUACAUCUGCUACAAGCAAGCAGUACGUACCUAACUACCACGACACCACGAACGCGUUAUCACUACCACGUCACCAUCACCGGCUCGGACUUCACACGUGGUGGAGGAUUGUUUGUUUGAGUACAUGAUUUGAGAAAAGACCAGCUGGCCGGCCGAUAGCCUAGCCCUAGAGAAAGGGGAAGUAUUAAAGGAGAGAGUGAGUCCAGAUAUCAUGUGUAUGUGUCCAAAUAUGUACAUGUGCUUAAUUAUAUCAUAUGAUUUGAAUAUAACGUAAGAAGGAGGGGUUGGAGUUUUUGCCCCCUCUCAUGUGUAUGCACAUGCGAGUGUUGCCUGUUGUGGGCGUGCGUGCACGAUAUCUACGAAAGCUCUCUGCCCUAAUUCCCUCCCUUCAUUCACGUUACUACUUACUAUAGUAACAUUUGCCCAUGUGUUUACUGUUUAUCGAUCUUGUUGGGAUUUGGGUUUGGGGGUAAAAAAAAGAAGGAAGAAAAUUGCGCUAGAAGGAGGGCUUGAACCUCCGACCUUGUGGUUAACAGCCACACGCUCUAGCCAACUGAGCUAUUCCAGCUAAUUGGUGGCUAAUUAGAAAUUAACAAUCAUAACAUAGCAUGAAAUGGCAGUAUUUGUGCCUUCAACGGUUGAGUAAGCUAUAAAAAAAGAACUGUUUGUAUGUGACUAGCUAAUGUACCUAGGUUGAUAGAUAGUCGGUCGAAGGAUCGAUGAACCAAUGAGACGCUAUUGAGAGUUCUACAUUGAUUUGUUGUGAAGGGGGCAGGAUCGAUAGCUUUGAAUAUAUAAAAAUGCGAGGAAAUAUCUCGUCGCCUCAAAAUUUUAGAAUGAUUUAUAAUGUCCAAUCAACUGUUCAACGUGAUUCGAGAGAAAAGUACUUGGUUGUACUCUCAUCAGGGUCGCACUUUGAAAUUUAGGAGUAUCGCGGAUCUUAAGUAUGUGGUUCGGGUCAUCGUAUGAACCAAAGUAUACGUACGAAUUAAUGUAUAAUUUGAUUCGAAUUUUUAUUCUCGUCAAUUUUAUGUAACUUCGUUUGAUUAGAUUCCGUUGAAUGUUGAACUAAGAAGCGAAGGAAGGAUUGAACUACUGCAGGAUUGGAAACACUUCUAACUCUAUCAUACUAUACAAAUCUAUUAGAGACCAAAUGAGUAAUUAAUACAAAAAAAAAAACGAUCAAUAAUAAUCUCAACGAAUUGGCCUAAUAAUAAUACGAAAAAUAAUAACAUACACCACGCUCUAAAUUCAAGCCUUGAGCGGACUAAGUCCAUUCAUGAUACUCUUUUUUUCUCAUUAGGUCUUCCGAUUGAAGGGACAGCCGGGAAUCGCGGGGGGUUGACCCUCCAACCAUUCAUCUAGUCGGUCUUCUUAUGUACUUUAGUUAGACAGGACACCUGCCCGAUCGAUUCUUCCAUAUUUUAGCCCUUAAUUCUCACUUUAUGGGCAAACCCUUGAUUUAGUUAAUAAUUCUAUUAUACAUUUUCCAUGGCUUAAUCCUUCCUAGCUUGCCUCUUUAAUUGGUAAUAAUUAUACUGAAAAAAUGAACGAGAAGGAAAAUUUAUACAAAUCUAUUACUAGUGGUUUUCCUUCCAUUAUAUCACUUGCACAUCAAGCAAAAUAAAAAUACACAGAUUAACUAGAGCUAAUCACUAAAAAGAAACAAAUAGAGCUAGAGCUUAAACAUAUUAAUUCUUUGUGAGACAUGUUGUUUCCCACAAAGAAAGGUAUUAAUGAUGCAUUAAGCAAUAUCAUUAAUCAUCCAAUAAUACACCUUUUGGCGUGAUCACAUCCCAUCAUCAACUUAUCCCUACGGAUUACAUACAUAGAGAUGAGUGUAUUUAGACAGUAUUAGUCUUUAUAAUAAUAAUUAUUAUUAUAUGUCGUAAACCCAUCAAAACGGACUGCAUAUGCUUUUUUCAUUUUAUUCCUAUAAAAAUAAUAUGUUCCUACGGAUAGGGGUGGGUUGUUUUAAUCCAAUCCAAAAUCGAUUCAAAUCGAGAAUGAACCAAACAAAAAAAAAACUCAAAGAUAAAAAAAAAACAAAAGUAUUACAUUUGAUCUAAUUUAGUCGUUAAAUCAAAAUAUCGGUUAAAUUUGCUUUCUCUUAUGUUUAAGGAGCAUUCAUGAAUGGAAUCGAAACCAAAUUGAAUCAUAUAUAUUUGAUCCAACUCAAUCUGUUUCUGGUAAGACGAACCGAACCGGUGCCUACUGCCCCAACCCGCAGAUUGAUUAAAUACAUAAAGAUAGACAUU